UGCUGCCUCUGGGAUACCAGGCCCCUAGCGAGCGAGCGCCCAGACUCCUGCGGGGAGUGCCCAGGAUCUUUUCAAGGAGGACUGCAUCCCUUUUUCAUCAGACUCCCAAACCUUUUAGAUAGAGACGCCUUCCCCCCCAACAUAUGUAAAAGCUUUCAAAGACCUCAGAAGGCUUUUUGUGAUACUGUGCCAUCUCUACAUCUCCUAUUAAGCCUGGGAAAGAAAAAAACAACAACAACAACCUUAUGUGGGAGGCCCUGGUAUUACGGGGCUCCCCCAGGCCUGCGGUAAAACUCACCCCUGUGCCCCGCCCCCGCGCCAUCUCCACCUCUCCUUCCUGGCGGGGCAGACCCCACUCCCAGCCACCGAGGUCCACAUCCUGCCUCACUGACUGUGUGUGCUUACAGCGUCAAGGGGUGGACGUGAUAUUUCAAACAUCAGAUCAGUGCGUUUAUAUAUUGGGUGCCCGGAAAUUUUUCCAAAUAAACACAGCUUGAUUCAACUUGGGUGGGCGGACUUAUCAACAGACUAAUUCUAUAAACAAAUGAAGGAAUAGCCCCGAAACCGAUUGGCUGGUAUCAAAAAGACACGUGGAGGGAAAAGCUUGGAGUUUUUCAGCAAUGAAAUUUUAAUUAAUGUGGGUGGGCUGAGAACACAACGACUGUUUAUCAUAGACAAUUUAUUUUCCAGCGUUAAGUCAACAUAUAAUAGCAAACUUACAACAAUUAUUUAACAUUUUUAAAGCCAUGAAGAAGGGACAGAGCGCGGAGCGGCCGGGGAGAGCGGCAGAACCGGAGGCAGACGCACGGCAGGCUCCCCGGGAGGGCCCUUGCCGCGCUGGGCGCAGUCCCUAAGCCGCCCCGGUCGCCUGCGUCGCAGGGGGCGCAGCGCCGGUUCCCGCCCGCCAUGAGCCACCUCUUCGGUCCCCGGCUGCCUGCCCUGGCCGCGUCGCCCAUGCUCUAUCUGUACGGCCCCGAGAGACCCGGGCUGCCUCUGGCCUUCGCCCCCGCGGCCGCUCUGGCCGCCUCGGGCCGGGCGGAGCCCCCCCAGAAGCCGCCCUACAGCUACAUCGCGCUCAUAGCCAUGGCAAUCCAGGAUGCGCCCGAGCAGAGGGUCACGCUCAACGGCAUCUACCAGUUCAUCAUGGACCGAUUCCCCUUCUACCACGACAACCGGCAGGGCUGGCAGAACAGCAUCCGCCACAACCUCUCGCUCAACGACUGCUUCGUCAAGGUGCCCCGCGAGAAAGGGCGGCCGGGCAAGGGCAGCUACUGGACCCUGGACCCUCGCUGCCUGGAUAUGUUCGAGAAUGGCAACUACCGGCGCCGGAAGAGGAAGCCCAAGCCGGGCUCCGGGGCCCCGGAGGCCAAGCGGGCCCGUGCGGAGACGCAGGAGCGCGGCGUAGAUGCGCAGCCGGAGGCGGGGAGCGGAGGAGGACGCCCGGGCCCCGCGACCCCCAGCCACGAGGGAGCGCCCUCGCGCCUCUGGCCCCUCCGGGAAGUCUCCUCCACGCCGGCGCCCUUCCUCUGGCCCGGGCCAGCGUCCCCAGAGGAGGACGCGGGCGACGCUGUCCAGGGCGCUGGGGCCGUGGCCGUGGGCCAGCCCGCGCGCCCAGGAUCCCCUCCGCGCCCUGCCUCGCGCAGCUCUCCGAAGAGCUCCGACAAGUCCAAGAGCUUCAGCAUAGACAGUAUUCUGGCAGGACGGCAGGGCCAGAAGCCGGCUGGAGGGGCCGAGCUCUCCAGGGGCGCCAAGCAGGGGCCCGGCGGCUGUCUCAGCACCUCGCUUAUGGCCACCUCCGCUAGCUUCCGUCCCCCUUUCAACGCUUCCCUGAUGCUCGACCCGCACGUCCAGGGCGGCUUUUACCAGCUCGGGAUCCCUUUCUUCUCCUACUUCCCUCUGCAGCUCCCCGACACCGUGCUUCACUUCCAGUAAAGCAAACUGGCUCCGUUCUUUCCCCUGCCUUGGUCAGAGCGCCUCGUGAGCCACCUCGGCUCCCGCCGCUGGGGGCAAGGAGCCACUUUUAAAAAAAAUGAUCUUUUUCCUCGGCUGAGGUGUGGAUCCUGGGAAGUGUUUCCAACUCCGGCGCGCAGGUGGGCAUGCCUGCCUGCCUUCUCCAAGGGGACCUCCCCAGAACCAGGAAGGGCGUCAGAGUUUAAAAGACCCUGCCUCACUGGGACUUGAGCGUCUCAGACCACCUACGGUGGGAACAGGAGAAUUCUUUGACCUUAGGUCAAUCUAAUGGCGGGAUCUUCCGCCACCCACCACAGGUCCUGCGUGUCUAGGGCAUGUGAGGGCCCAGAUCACCCAAGGGCAGGACAGACAGGCGCAGUGUGGUUGUUUCAAUCUGAAAGCCACCGUCUGACCAUUGCCAGCUGGAUUGUCACUGUGACUCAGGCUUUUUGGCUUUGAACCAUCUGGGUGAUGGGUGCUCACAGCUGGGUUUGUUGUUCCUGAAGUUGUGGGGACGCCUGCGUGGGGUGUGUGUGACCCCCGUUUUUCAGGUUCUUUGGCAGAUCUAGGGCCUGGUGAGGAUUUACGACCAAUGCCCAGGUGGAAGAUGAGAAACCACACUUUUAUUUUAACUAGAGAAUUUCUCUGUCUCUCUCUUUUUGUUUUUCUAUACAGUAAAGGGAACAUGUUCUAGGCUUUGCGUAAAUACUUGACUCUUUUUACUAUAAUGAUUGCCCAGUGAAAAUGUUUAUAUUAACAAUUUCUGUUAAGAAAGCGCACUCUAUAUAAUAUAGCAUCGUGUUACAUGAUAGCUCAUUAGUCAAGACUCAUCUUUUCUAACGCAUGCAUGUUACCAACAAUAGCAGUCGUCCUAUCUUUUUGCUUUUGUUUUUAAGGGAGCAGAGAUUUCAGGGAAGACCGGAAGUAUGUGAAGGGGAGGGAAAAUGUCUCGAACAACAUAAGAUUUUCAAUUUCCAUGUUUUUUUUUUCAAGAUCUAGGUUUGAUUGUUGCUGCAUUUUCCAGAAUUGUGUAGUGAAGGACUACUAUUCAUCAAAAAAGUCGGGUGAAACAAACACACGAAAAGCAGGUAGAGGGAGAGAUGGGUUAGUGCUGGGAAGAAUCAGGGACUCUGCUGGUGUCUGCUGAAGGUGGCUCUCUGGACCCCAAAGAACCGUGAGGCAUGGUGGGAGGAUUCUUUCAGACAUUCCCAGUCUGUGACCCUUCUCCUCCCUCCAACCUCUACCCAGCAGACCCAGAGCCUGCAGCGGAAUAAACCCCUUAUGGAGGUGACUAGGAGUCUGGUGGGAGGGAUGGGCCUCAUGGGAGAGGUCUGCAACAAAGAUCUGGUUAAGAAAAUGAGAUAUCCACAAUCCCAUUCAGCUUGGAACUUCCGGGAAAUGCAUCUAACCUCUUAUGGUACCUCUCUUUGGAUUGUCUUAGGGGUUCUGACACUUGAUUUCUUGAACCUCCAAAUUACUUUAAUUUUAUCUGAUGUGGGAAAGGCACAAUAAGUCAUGAGUUCUUGGAGGUGGGCUGAGAUAGGUCUUUAAAAUAACUUUUUAAAUGGUUUUCAAGACUGAUAUAAAAACGAACACAAAUUUUACAUCCAGAGAGCCUGUUGGUUAAUAUGUAGGACAAGCAUAAUAAUUUAAUAAGUAGUAGGCACAGAGCUGACUUUCUGAGAAUUCAUCCUUAAUGCCAUGUGCCACUGACUGAUAAAUGUUUCCCUGACGACAUUCUACUGAGGCUGGUGGGAAUACUUUAGUGAGCUGCAGAGUGUCCCUGACUUUAAGAACUUUGAAGAGAUCCCAUUGUUGAGAUCCAGGCUCACUGUGAUUCUCUUAUAAUGUGGUGGAAGGGCUGUCAUUGGCUAUUUUGUUAUCCCAAAGUCUCAGCCUCUGUGAAUAAAGUUGAUUUUUUUCAUUAACCUCUCAGUGACUGGUUCAGUG